UAGGGGAAGUGCUUGAAAGAAUUCAGAUCAUCGAGCGAGAACUGGAAGCCGUGAUACAAUAUUCCUUCUUCUUUUGCAUGGGAGAAUAAGUUUUUGUCUCCAGUUCCAGAUCCUGGACAAAAUGUUUUUGGUGGGAUUGACAGGUGGCAUUGCAUCAGGGAAAAGUACAGUAGUAGCUCUGUUGCAGGAACUGGGUUGUGCUGUUAUUGAUGCUGAUGUUAUAGCACGUCAAGUGGUACAGCCACACUUCCAGGCAUAUCGACGUAUUGUGCAUUCCUUCGGUCCAGAAAUUCUUUUGGGGAGUGGUGAGAUCAACCGUGAAGCUUUAGGAAAUAUAAUUUUUUCCCAACCAGAAAAACGUCAACUGCUAAACUCCAUCACUCAUCCUGAGAUCCAGAAGGAGAUGUUAAAAGAGAUCUUGAAAUACUUUGUCUUGGGCUAUCGAUAUGUGAUUCUGGACAUCCCACUUCUCUUUGAGAGCAAAAUGCUGACCAGAUUCAUGAAGCACACAGUUGUUGUGUAUUGUGACCCACAAGUCCAGCUGUCUCGCUUGAUGCACAGGAAUGGGUUGACUCAGACAGAGGCAGAAGCACGCAUUUUUGCUCAGAUGCCUCUUGCUCAGAAGGUCAAGUUGGCUAACCAUGUCAUUGAUAACUCAGGAGAUGCCGAGGCCACCAAGAAGCAGGUCCUAAAAUUACAUACAGAGUUGGAGAAGUCCUUGGAGUACCUUACGGUGCGCUUAUUGGCUGUAGGAGCAAUAGUGGGAAUGGGAGGCCUCGUGUACUUUCUAGUGCAGCAGUUUGUGUGACAGUCUGUUCUUUCAUUAGCAAAGAAGGCAGAGGAAAUCCAUAUCUUUAACUUAGAUUGCAUUGCAUUAAUGCAUAAAAGAUUGAUUAUCUGAACAAGAAGGAAUUUUAAUGGGGACUUGGAUUAGUAAGUGGACUACUAGGUUAGGGGUGGUGAUUGGGGAAAUACAUUAAUAAGCAAGAAUUAAAGUACUGUUUUUAUAUUAGUUUUUGGCAUGAGAAUAACUGCAAGUUUUUAUUUUUUUAAAAAAGACUUAUCGUUGGAUGAGAUCUGCUAUUAACCAUCUCUUAGAAACAUUUUCUUUUGUGGCUCCUUUAAGAAAGUAAUCAACAUGCAUUAUUACUUCUGUAGGAGUGGGUGAGGGUAAACGUAACCAAAACACCCCCUACAAGGAAAUAAGGAGUCAACUCUGUGAUUUUUCACUUAAGACAAUAUGCUGCUUCAUAUUGUGCAAUGUCUUUUUAUUAAAAUGACUAAUUGAACUCAGUGUUACAUAGCCAGCUUAUCUUCAAAUAUAGUUCUUUUAUUUGACAUUAUAACUAUCAGUCUAAGAUGAGUAUGAUGGAAUGUGAUUAAAUGUUGUAAUGUACUGGUAAUGUAAUAUUUUUAAAUUUCCUAUAAUCAGAGAAUCUUGACUACUUCGCAUGUCUGCAAAGGUUUUGAGACAGUC